UGUGUCUUUCUGGGAUGCUCUAGAAACUGUGGAGUAACCCAGGACUCGUGCCAUCCUCCUUCUCCAGGCCCACUCUCAGUGCCCUGCCUGCGAGGGGACCCUGCCCAGCCCUCCGCACGCCCUGGGCCAGGUUGACACACAGCUGCCCCACUCGAUAGGGCAUAACCACGACCCUGGCCCUGCCCCUGCCCCAGGGAGCGAGGCCAUAGGACCAGCGCCCACCUCCCUGCAGGGAUCUGGCACGUGCUGGACCAGUGUCCUCCAGAAGAGUCCUCAGACUUUUCUCUGUUUUCUUUGCCCAGGCUUGGUCCUCAGUCUGGUGAUGGCUGUGGUCUCCCUCCAGAGACGCCUCAGCCCCGGAAUCUCCACCGUGUGAGUACAAUACGUGUCCGGCAUGGACACACAGACGAAGGGUGCCAGCGGGUCAAGGCGAGCAAGGGGAGGCUGGCAGUGGUCCCCACCAGGAGACCCUGGCUCCUCCCACAUUACUGCUCCUCAGCUGGUAAGAGAAAAUCCCCCAUGCGCAGGGCACUGCUCUUGAGCACUGCUAACACCAGGACUCCCUCUUCUAUUCAGGAAAGAGAUCAUCACCUUGAAAAAGAAGAGGCUCUUCACGAUCCUCAUCUUGAUGCUCGCAGGCGCUCUAGCUGGUGUUUGCUGCGGGAGCUUGAUGCUCAUGUUGAGGCUGUGGACACAGGACGCGCCGCAGGUGCUGCUGGGGCAGCCUGCCGCCGACCUGCUCUCCCUGCGGAACACGAUGGCUCUGGGCGGGGAACAAUCCCAAGAGAUGAAACAGCUGAGAGAUGAGCUGGUGCGCCUGGCUGCAGAGAUCAGCGCUACCAUGAAGGAAGUUCAGCAAAUGAGAGACGCAAUGUCUGCAACCACGCAGUUGUCUGACUGGGCUCUGAAAAGUGCAGGGGCUGCCAUUGACCUGCAGAGAUCGUCCAGCAGAUGCACAGGGUUCAGCAGUGUCUUUUGGUUCCUGUGUGAUCCACCAGAGCUGGGUACCUUUGUGCAGUCGGAUACAUCCCCGGGAUACUGCUGGCCUUUCCAAGGGUCUCAGAGCGAGGUGCUAAUCCGGUUGCCCAUGCCAAUACAACCGACGACCGUCACCAUCCAGCACACCUCAAAGGCAGCCUCUCCGCUGGGCACCGUCAGCAGCGCCCCCCGAGAUUUCACUGUCUCUGGACUGGCUGAGGAAGGCAAAGAGGAAACUCUGCUGGGGACCUUCACUUACAACGUGCAGAAAGAACCGACCCAGACCUUCCCUCUGCAGAAUGGGAACCCCAGAGCCUUCCAGCUUUUGAAGCUCGGCAUACGGAGCAACUGGGGAAAACGAGGAUACACCUGCAUUUAUCGAGUGCAGGUGCACGGGAAGAUCGUGGGAGCAAGUGCUGUCCACCAGACACAUGUGGACACCUUGCCUGAAUAGUUAUUAAAGAGUUAGAUGGAGAAACAGGCCAGAGGGUUGUGGCUGUUGGUCUGCUGCAGGGCAAUGUCAUAUCAGAGGCCCUCUCCAAGCUGCCAAGUUCUGCCUCGUGCAGGCUGAGGCCUUCCUCAGGCUUUCCACUUUCCCUCCGCUUCAGGGACGCUUCCUAACUAAGCAAAAGGAGGUGAUGCUCCUGUAGCCUUUCCUUGUCACAGUUCCUUGACAAAAUCCUGCAGCAUGAGGGGCAACCCGCCAUCUCAUGCCAAGUAGGAGUCAUCAGACAGCCUGGCAGCAUUUGAGGGUCAUGAUCCCCAAAGUACUGGCCCAUUUCCUUCAGAUGGCACCUUGGGCCUGGGGACAGGGUCUGGUAGGGGUCCACAUGGGGUGCAGCCAUGUGUGGGACCCCUGAGGAGUGUCUGGGGUGUGUAAGGAGGUCCGAGCAGCCCAGCUGCUGCGGAGCGGGGAUACUGGCUCAGCUCCCUGUGCCCGCGCGCGCUCCCAGGCACAGCCCUCCGCUUCUGCCUUCUGCGUGUCUUUAAGAGAGCCACCGUUGCCCCAGCCUGAAAUGCCAAAACACAGCCAGGUCCCAGCUGAACGCAGAACACACAAACAUCUGGUUUUUUCAAGGGGGCAGAUUUGCCCAGUUCAGCCCUGUAUCUUCAACAGCAAGUACGCAAGGGUAUGGACCUACACCCAUUCGUCUCCGACUGAUGUAAACUUCAAAAGCUAAAGCCAACACUUCCACUGUCAGCCCUGCUACCCUGCUAAGCAUGAGAGGCCAGGAAACCAGUGUGGUCUUCUUCUCACUUCCGUGGGUGCAGCUUGGUGGGGAAAGCUUGGGCAGCUCUGGUCUCCUCCCACAUUGCUUUCCUCAUUUGCCUUUCAAUUUAAUAUGGCAUUAGGUGUAUUCAGGUGGACAAUUACAUGGUCACCAAGCUCAUUCAUAUCCUUAUUUGCAUCCUAAAAAUAUUAAGAAGGCUAUAACUGCCGCUAUUAUACAAGAUAUUAUACACCAGAACUAGAUCACUGUUAGAAGGCUGACUGUGCAAAGCACAUUACUGUAAAAAGUCUAUGCACAGCUAAGUAGGAAGUUUCAGAAAACACGGUGACUACAUAACA